AUGACAGCUCAGAGUUCUCGACCAAGCAGAGGGGUUUCUUCAAGCGCACCCACUCAGCAGUCAGGUUAUCAGGUAGGUGGUUCUCAGGGGCAGAGGACUCAGGGUCAUGUGUAUGUAGUUACUUCAGCCGAGCCAUCAUCCAGUUCUUCAGUUGUCAGGGGUAUGUUUCUUGUGUUCCAUUCUUGGGCUCAAGUAUUGUUUUAUUCUGGUGCUUCUUACUCUUUCAUCACUUCAUCAUUUACACGAGCAUUGGCUUUAAAGGUCAGUCAGUUAGACAUACCGCUUUGUGUUGACACGCUUAUUGGGGGUUUAGUCACUCUUAGUAGAGUUUGUCGGGGUUGUUCCAUUACCAUUGACGGACGGGUACUAGAGUUCAAUCUCAUCCUUCUCGAGAUGGCAGGGUUUGACGUCAUUCUUGGGAUGGACUGGUUGUCGUUCUUCAAAAUCAUUAUUGAUUGUUUCAGGGGUAGAGUGUCAGUGUGUACCCCGAAUGGGGAUUGUUUCUGUUUUAUGGGAGAUCGGUGUGAUUCUCUCACUCCUUCAUUUUAUAGUGUUAGAGGUCGGAAUCGUCAAGGGCUCUUCUUGGCUAGCCUAUUUAUCAAUGAUGAUGUUGAGUUUCAUGGGAUUGACUAUCCAGUGGUUGUACGUGAUUUUCUAGAUGUGUUUCCGGAGGACUUGACUGAGUUGCCUCCAUAUCGAAAGGUUAGGGAUGAGGAUAUCCCAAAGAUAGCGUUCCGUAUACGGUAUGGACAUUAUGAGUUUCUCAUUAUGCCUUUCGGUAUAACUAAUACGCCAACAGCAUUCAUGGACCUAAUCAACCGUGUCUUUCAUGAUUACCUGGACUAG